AUGACUGGUGGAAACGGAGGAGACGAUCCAGAUGCAACGGGCUCUAGAGGAAUCCAGCUUUACAGCCAGAUAGAGAGGUACUUGCCGCUCAAUAAGAGAAUACUGCAAACGAUGACAAUUGGACACCCCCCCCGAAUGAUGUCCAAUUUUUUCUGUUCCAUGGUCUUUCGUGUCAUAUAAUCUCACAUAAUUUUAAUGUGCAGCCCAUUUGGGGGCUGUAUCAGGUUGAGCCAAAGCCGAGGCGGCAUGAAACGAUCAAUUUAGUGAGAACCUUGAGCAUUGGCAGGGUAGGCUGCCUAAGUAGAGAGGUUUUCUCUCUCGUUUACCUUGGAAGAACCGCUAUCCUUGGUAUUCGCUUCUUUAAGCUAAUAAUGUGACCCCCAGAAGAUCAUAUUUCUUCAGUCCAACCUCGCGUAUGAUUUUUCUCUCCUCACCUGUUGCGCUUUUCUUUGCAUUCAACUUUACGAAUAAAUUUGGCCGCCCCUAGAUCUCUACUCACUUUGUAUAAUGUCGUUCAUAAGAAACUUCUCAAUGGGUUUGAUUUUCUCUUCAUUACCGUUUUAAAAUAACCUGCAAGCAUCAUGCUAUGCUGGCAAUGCUGAUUCCUUAUAUUUGACUCUUUAGUCCACGCUGAACUCAGGUUUUGACUGAUGAGGACGGCUAGAGGAAAGUGAUAAAGGUUCACCCUAGUUCAUGGCCGUCCACAUUGAGAAUGCACAAUUUGGCCUAGGAUAACCAACCACUGAGAAUUCAGUCAGUCCAGUUUUUGAACCCCUUAUGUUCAUCUCCUAACGUGCUGGAUGUACCAGAAUUCACCAUUGUUUAGAUGGCUUCUGUUUCCUUCUGGAACUUAAGCCACGCCAGCCUUUACUCUUUUGAUAUCAUUUUCUUGGCUUCCUUUCGUGCCAUCAUGAUAUGUAACUUAAAUAUGGUUUGCAUUGGUUUCUAACGAUACUUUUUGCCAUAAACAUUGUUUGAAAAAAAAUAAAUCCUUGAUGGACUAUCACUGAAUUAUACAUUACUAAAUAAUGCUGUUAGACAUGAAAGGUCAUACGUUAACUAGAUGCUAUUGAAAAUUAUCUGAAGUUCACGUACAUUUUAUAAGAUGACUACAUAUUUCACUUGAUCUUUCUGCUUGGCAACAUGGUAUGAUAGAACAAUCAUUCUGGUUGAUGUGAAUGAACUUGUCAACCAAAAAGUUAGAAGCACGAUAAUGAAGAACUGAAAAAAUUGACCUUCUGACAACUUCAUUGAGGAAAACAAUUACUUUUCUGUCUGUGUAUGGGUCACGUCGUGCAAUUUAAAGCCAGUUUAAUAACUAUAAAGCCAAUUUAAUUGAGUUAGAUAAUAAUUAGAAAUAAGAUGCUUUUUAUCUCUAGAAUCUAUGAAAGUGCGCUAAUUAUUCAUAACUCUCAUUUAUAUUGAGAUAAGAAUUUCAUGAUAUCUGAUGUCAACACAUGCUAACAACUAUUUGCACUAAAAUGCGGUGUAAUUAUGCUUUAUUUGGGGGAGGUACCUUGUUGUCUGAGCAGUAAGACAAUGGGCGUGUCUUGUUUGAUAAUUCAAAAAAACUCCAUACCAAACUAUGGAGCUCAGGUAAUUGACUUACAUCCAUGCUGAUAAGCCUUCAUUUCGAUUCCUUUUGAGAAGAAAGAGAUGCUAUAUAAUCUAGUUAUUUUAGCGUGCAUAUAAAUGUUAGGGUAACUAAAAGACUCCUAUUUAUUUGUUUCCACUAGCCUGAAAUCUACUGUUUGUUUUGCUAAAUGGAUGUUCAAGUCAAUCCCAACCUCAAAAUCCGUGCUAAUCCGAAUGCCAUCUGAAGUUAAUUUGGGAAAAUCUCAUGAUGUCUGCCCUUGAAAAGUUUCGAUACCAUCAAAUGAAACGAAAUAUCGUUUGAAGUUUAUAUUACACUCUGUCCACGAAAAAUUUUCUGUGUAAAUUUUUGUUAGCGUGUGACCUUUGUUAGGCCAGUGUUGCUUAUCUAUUGACCAAAGUGUCCUUUUCUCAUUCGAUUUCUAUCCAUGGCCAUCCAACACUUUUAAAGUUUCCAUCUAUCUUGUUGCCAGAAGGAAGUGACUACUUUUAUACAAUUUGUUGCAAUGCUUAACCGGAAGCACUUUAUUUAUAGGAUGAAAUAUAGUUUGACCUUAGUUUAUGAUUAACUACCACUAGAAGAGUAUGGUACUUGUACUCCGAUGUUAUCUGCCUGCUAACUCGAGUAUUGUGUUUGUGGUGCAUACUUGCUCUUUUUUAUUUGCUCGCUGAGGCUAGAUAGAAUACGUACUACAUUGGCAUGCUCACUUUACUAUCUACAUUUCAGGGUAAUUACUGAAACAGCGAGACGAUCUCAAGAAAGUUGGGGUGCUUCUGGAGACUGGACAGAAGUUGAGGUCUGGUGUACCCAAUCCUCAUUGCUUGGUAUUUUUGUUUAUUUUUAGUAUAGCGCAUGGUUUUCUUAUGCUUGGUAUUACUUGGGUGAAGCCCACCUUGGGGACUCGGUUAACAUGGGUAUGGAAGGAAAAUGCGAGCUACAUAUGGGUAUGCAAAUAGGGUAGACCUUGUAACCCACAGAUUUGUAAAAGAGAGGUACAGGAAGCUUAAGAUCAUUGGGAACAGUAGUGCGAGAGUAAAAGAACUGUGUUACCAUAGUAUGUAUUACAAAAACACUAUGUGUUUAAGAAAAAUAGUGAUGUAAUAUAAAAUUCUUGUUACACCGCAGGCAUCUGGAGAAAGUAAAAACUAUUUUUUUUAAAUGGUGGGUGAAAUGUUUUUCUUAAAAUGUCUUUCCAUAUUUUUCCAUGUUUUUCUUAAAAGUCCUUUUUUGUUAUUUUUUUUUUUUCAUACGGCUUUAUUUUCAUCAGGGAGCAUGGGUUCUUAAACCAAAAGACUCAAAGCCACUAGCAGUUGUGCAUUUUAUUGGAGGCAUUUUUGUUGGAGCUGCUCCUCAACUUACAUAUCGCUUAUUUCUCAAUCAACUUGCAGAAAAGUGAGGCGCUCUUUUAUUUCUUUCUUUGGGCUUUGCUUUCCUCGCCUGAGUUAGCGUUAUAUUUCACUAUUGAGCUAUCCUGGACAACCUUGUCUAUGAAGCAAUGAGCUUACCUCAUAUAAUGUCACAUAAGUGAAAUCAUCUUCCAUGAUGUGCAGGUUACAAAUUUUGUGUAUUCUAUUGCAAAAGAUUAAUGCACUAUUCAAGAUUAAUGAUGUUGCCUUCUCUUUCUUGAUAUAGAUGUAGUGUUUACUGACACUAUGUCAGCUAAGAAUUUUGCUGUUCUCUUUCACAAUAACUUCUUGUAUAUUAAAUGCGACUGAUCCCCACAUCCUAAAUUGAUUUUUUGAUGAACUCUAGAAGCCGUGUACAGUUAGCACAAUGGUAGAUUAUCAUGCCGUCCAAGCAGUGGUUGGCUUCUAGGUUAGGAGUGUCUCCUAUCCAAAGUUGUCUACGUUGUUCAGUGAUACUAAAUUGAAUCGAUUUCUCUCUAAAAUUACCGGCUUAAAUCUUAGCUUAGCAUUUAUAGUCUCCAUCGACAACAGUGCCCCCACCAGAUUUUUAGUACUGAUCAUGGCACUCAUUUUGACUGUCAUUUAUUGUUCAUACUUGCUUUCUUUAUACUCAUGAUGAGCUUACUUGAUGAAAUGAAUGCCAUUUAAUGAAAAUAGGGUUCGAAAUAUUUAUCUUUUAACUAAUAGUUUUUAUUCAAGUGGAAAAACCUUCUCGUGUUUUAUCAAAACCAUACUAAAGAAUUAUAACCCCUGCAGAAACUAAAUUCUUAAGUACCUCCUAAUGGAGGAUGCUUGACUGACAGCAAGGUAAUAUCAAAUGCAAGAAUAUUACUGUUUGUUAAAGGUUUUUGAUUUCACAUGUUGUUCCUGAUAUGUAUAGUAAUAUUUCAUGAUUGAAAUUGUGUGACUAUCCACUAAAAGAAUCAGUGUUCAUAUUUUUAGUUUAAUCUCCUUAAAGACAAUUUAUGCUCAAUAAUAGUAAGCACAAAAAUUUUAAAUUUUGUUUUUUAGGGGAAUUUUGGUGAUUGCCACUCCUUUUGCUAGUGGGUUUGAUCACUUGCAGAUUGCCGAUGAAGCUCAAUUCAAGUUUGAUAGGUGCAUUCGGUCCUUAAAAGACACUGUAAGUUCAGUCAUUCAAAUUUAUGUCAAUAGUUUUGGACGUAUUUCAAGAUUUUAUGAUGCUCUGUUUGCAGGUAAAUGGUCUGCCAACUUUUGGCGUGGGUCAUUCUUUGGGAGCGCUUAUCCAUCUCCUUAUUGGUACUGAUUGUGACUCAUGGGUGAAUGGUUAUUCUAUUUAUUAGUUUUUAAAAUGGUGGCAAGUGACUCAAGGUGAACUUUUGUCUUAUUAGGGUCAAGAUAUGCUGUACAGAGAGAUGGAAAUAUAUUAAUUGCAUUCAACAACAAGGUACUCGUUUCUUCUCCUCUCUGAUAAGCCUUGUGUCUUGAGGAUUACUAUGUUUUUUUAUUGCCUGUUUUAUACUUUUAUUAAUUUUUAUAAUUCUCUUGUAGUCCCCGAACUCGUCUAUAAUGACUAGAUAUGAUUGUGUUUCGAUAAAAUGUUUCAAGUGAGAGCCCUAGAGUCCAUGCCUGCGCUCUAGACCUUGCUGCAGGGUAGAACAUAAUGAUACUUGUCUCUCACACAUUCGUUGACCUUUAGACCUCUUUCCUUCUGAUAAUCCCUGAAAAAUCACGUGUUCAUUUUGAAUACAUUGGAUUAAUAUUUUUUUUGGUUUGAUCUCUAUUUUCCGUGUUAUUGAGCAUUCUGGACCUCUGCCAGAAACUAGUGCAGCUCCUUCUGCCAUCCUAAUCUAUGUUGCUCAGGGAUGCCAGGAUUAAAUCCGAUAGCCAAAUUGGCCUGACUCAGCCAUUGUGUAACCGGUCAUGACGUUAGAGUUUCAAACAUUGUAGCUUGUGAUCUUCUUGAUACAACUUCACGCUUCUUGUACAUACGUUGAAAAGUAGAUGGUGGCAUUCACAUGUUUUUAAUGUGCGUUUUCAUUGUAUGUCACCAGUUGUUGCAUAUAUUGAUCAACAGAAUAAAUGAAGCUACCCCCCCUGCAUCUAAAAAUUCUUUAAACAAAUUGUGCAUACAGUUCUUAAGUCGAAGGUAUUUUUUUCAAGCCUUGUAAAAUCUGUCAUCACUGCAUGGUAUGAUGAAGUAUCGUUAGCUUGUAUUUUUUGCUGAGUGUACAAUUCUCCUAUUUGACGACUGCAGUUAUUUUUCAGGAGGCAAGCCUGGCUAUUCCCCUGUUUUCUCCUGUUAUUGUACCAAUGGCUCAAAGUUUUGGUCCAAUUCUAUCUCAGCUCUCAUCAUCCCCUGCAGUUCUCCGUGGGGUGAGAAUCUUGCUUGCUUGCUUCUUUCGUGGUUUGUUAUUUUGGAUGUUGGUCUAACAUUUCUAAAUCUAAUAAGUAGGGGAAGUUUUCCUCUCUUUUCCCUCCAUAGUCCAUUAUUCACAUAAGGAAAUGACGCUAAUUUACGUUGAGUUGGACACAGCUGUCCUCUUAGGAGGAAGGAAGUGAUUUACCUGACCGUGAUCGGUGGCCUCAGGUUUUUGAUGAUGAAUAACUUUGCUCAGAGAGAAAAGCCGUGCUAUCAACCCAGGGAAUACCACUGUGUUCCACCUCUUGGUUGGUUGAUCAUGCAGAGAUUGCCAGAGCUUCUUAUCCAUACCCAAGAUCCCAGAACCUCAUUUGAGCCCCUGUUUAUUUCCCUAUUUUCUUACUGGCUAGGAUAGAAUAGAGGAUGGGUUACUCAAUCCUUUGCGCAGUGGUUCAAAACUCAUUUCUGGGCCUGCAAGUGUCAAUGUCGUAUGAAUUGGGUGAGAGGGGACGGUUGGGCAGGUUGUGAAGUGAGCAUCAAUGAACUGAUUUGUUCAUGCAUGAGCUGUCAUCGAUUAUUCUAUAGCUCAAUGUUUAAUGGAGACUUUAGGGUGAUGGAAUGCCUCUGACUGCGUCCCUUGGGCUUUUAGCAAUGCAUGGAUCUAUGUUAGACAGGCAGCAAGUGGUGAUGGAGAAUGGGUUUUGGGCCCUGGCAACCCAUUGGGAUAAUCUAGACGAAAAUGAGAUCAGUGAAGAUGAUAAUGUGGGCUCCUUGUUUUCGGCGAAUGGCACGGUAUUUAGAAGCCACCAGGCAUGAUAAAGAUCCAUCAUAUAUUUCAGGUGCCUGUAAAAUAUCUAAUAUGUUCAUCAUAUAUCUUCGAUCUAAAGUUACAACUUUAAAGUCUAUCAUUCAUCUUUUGAUUCUCCUGUUGCUUAAUCCCUCUUGCCUUCUAAGCGGCUCAACUUGGAAAACCACGCUGUUAUUUGACCAUCCAUUUGCCUUAUACAGUCUAUCAUGCCAGCCAUUCUUUCUCCACCCUUCAUUAGAUUAUUGGACUCUUUCAUAGCUGCCUUCCCUUCUACAGGUACAACCUGCUUAGGUAUUUACAACUCUGCGGUCUUUUGAACUGGACACAUCUGUGAAAUGCAUUUGUCCAUUCUCUAGUUACAACCUGUGGUAGUUGUCGAUACGUUUUCUCUAAUACUUUUAUAGGUUACUGCUAUCUCCCUGAAAAGAUGGUAGCAUGUAAUUGGAGCACAUUUCAAGAGGAAUUCAAGGACCCAAAAUGUGUACUGUGUAUUAAUGGAAGUGAAAUUAUUGAUGCGUAAGGGAAUGGUUUCAGAUUUUGGAAGUUUAUAGAUGGAUGAGUGAAUCAGUGAUUGUUAGGCUUCUGCUUAAUUAUUUUUCUCUGAGUUUCCGAAUUUUUCUCUUUUCUCUGAUGUUAUUUACUCGAUGAAUUUUGGCUAAGUCACAAGGUUAUUUUAAUCCAUCUGUGGUAUAUCUGCACAUUCAUCUGCAGACAUGUUUACCUUACUUUCUUUUUUCUUCCUCGAAACCAACAUCUAGCAUAGAGGCUUUAUCUAUUGUUUUUCCAGUCCCCAGGUGCGAUCUCAACCCUCAUUUCUUGAAUUCAUCCUCCAAUUCUACUUUUGGGUUGAAAUGUCAGGUAGAGGAGGAAGGUAGCAACGGAAGACCAUCCAUAACCUCUGCAUUCCAAUUGACAAUUAUAUGGUUUAGAUCAUACCAGGCAGUUUAAUUUCCUCGAAAGGACUGACUGACUGCAUGCGAUUUCCUGUGUUUUAGUAUUUGACUUCAUUCCAAUGUAAGAGUAUUGUUUGAGCUGAUCGAUGCUUGAUUUGAUCACGGAAUCUUAGGCUGAGAUGGCUAUGAAGCAAUUAGAGAACCUCAGUCCUCCAAUCAUGAAACAAGUUCUACCUUUAGUCGAGCAGCUUCCUCCACUUUACAUGGAUUUGGCCAAGGGAAGGGAGGAUUUCACUCCAAAGCCAGAGGAAAACCGUCGCCUGGUACGCCCAGGAAACUCCUCUCAUAUCUUUCUUUUCAGCGCUACUCCUCCUUCUCAUCCCCUCUCAAAGACAUGGAAUUGUUCGUCACAUUUUCUCAUUUGCUAUUGCAGAUAAAAUCCUACUACGGAGUUUCACGGAAUCUCCUGAUCAAGUUCAAGGAUGACAUAAUUGAUGAGACCCCAACACUGGCCCAGGUUCUGAGUACCGAAUCUGCCAUCAGCUCUCAGCUGGACAUGUCAAUCCGCUCUCUCCCCGGGGAUCAUGCGCUCCCCCUGCAGCAGGUAAGCAUCUCCAAGGGUUUACACCUCGACAUUUGCAUAGAAACGGAUGACGGAAGAAGGGUUGGGGUGCUUCCUGGUUUACCCUCCGUUUGGUUGGUUGCAGCUCCUCCCGGACGUGCCGCCGGCCAUGGCUGACACUGUGAACCGGGGGAGUGAGCUUCUGGCAAGCCUCACAGCUGGGACGCCAUUGGAGGCCGUGGCCAAGGAAGUGGGCAGCACCUUCAGCCCCGACUCUAGGAUCUUGCGAGCGCAGGCCUCAAGUGAAGUCAAGGAGCUCGUUGAGGCCAUUGCAGCAUGGGUCACCUCCAAUUCCGGCCCCAGGCUUCUUCAAUCCUGA